GAAGGAGAUAGGUUCUUCCUCAUCUCUUUCUGCCCUAAUCAGAGGCUUCGCUUUGGAUAGACCCAGAGUUCGGCAGCUGGCCCCGCAGUGGAAUUUAGCCUUGGUGCUAGAUUCCCUGACGAGGUCACCUUACGAGCCUAUGGAGUCUGCCUCUUUAAAGUUUCUAACUUUUAAGACAGUCUUCCUUUUGGCUCUGGCCUCUGGACGUAGGAGGAGUGAAGUGCACGCCCUGUCGUCACUUCCUUCCUGCCUUCGUUGGUCCAGAGGCUACGCUGCCGUUACUCUUUUAACUGAUCCUUCCUUCCUUGCGAAGAAUCAAGUCCCGGGGUUCUCGCCCGAUCCCAUCAAGAUUCCGGCUUUGACUAGCUCGGAGGAGAGGGAUAGAUUGCUUUGUCCCUGUAGGGCUCUUAGGUUUUAUCUCGAUAAAACCAGGGGGGGGCGGGGCUCCAGAUCCCGUCUAUUUUUGCCUAUCAAACAGGGACAGCGAGACAUCUCCUCCCAGUCGGUGUCUAGGUGGGUAUGCCAGGUCAUUAAGUAUGCUUAUGAGCAUUCUGAUGACCAGGCUCGGGCGAGGGUGAGAGUGCGGGCUCAUGAGGGCUUCUGUGCGUGGAUUCCAGCAUUUUUCAGAGUCAAGGAUGCAGAUAUCCUGCAGAAAUGUGGUCAUGAUGCGAUCCAGUAUCUGUCAUUCCAGCGUUACUUAAUCAUCUACACCACAAUUAUUUGUAUCCUAGCGGUCGCUGUUGUCAUCCCCACCAACUUCUCAGGCAACAUAAUUGGCAAUGCCACAGAUUUCGGUCACACUACCAUAGGAAACCUGGACCCCAAGUCUCCUCUUCUGUGGAUACAUGCCUUGCUGGCCAUUGUCUUCCUCAUCAUCAUUGUGGCCCUGAUGCAUCAUUUCUCCCGAAACCUCGAGUAUCAGGAAGACGACCAGGUGUCAAGAACACUGAUGAUCUCUAACAUCCCAACUAAUAGAUGCUUUAAGAACAUCAUCACUCAACAUUUUCAAGAGGCAUACCCGGAGACCGUGGUCGUAGAUGUACAAUUUGCCUACAACAUCUCCAAUCUUGUUAUCCUCGACAAGAAAUUGAAGACAGCCAGCGAGGCACGCAUGAACUCUCAGAUAGAGUUUGAUAGGACGGGGCUACAUCCAAAGAUGAGACCGCAUAUGUGUGGUCGAUGCUGCUGUGGGUCUGCCAAGGUGGAUGCUAUAGAAUACUACAGCAACCUGGAGGCUGAACUGAAGCUCAAAUGUGAGAAGGAAAAGGCCACAGCUUACCAAGAUCCUCAAGGUAUCGCAUUCGUGUCCUUUCAGACCGACUUCAUGGCAGAAAGGGUCAUUGCUGACUUUGGUAUGGCAUGUAAGGGGUCCAACAGCUGCCCUCCAUCCACUGUGGACAAGGAACUUAACAUUGCAGAGUGGGAUGUCAGUUAUGCUCCAUCUCCAGAAAACAUCUACUGGGAGAACCUGACAAAAUCUGGAAUACGAUGGUGGGUAUUUGCAAUUGUUGUGAAUGGAUUCCUUGUUAUCCUCCUGUUCUUCUUCACCACGCCACUCAUUAUCAUCAACAACCUUGACAAAGUAGAAUACUUCAAAGGCUCUAUGACAAGUCCUAUCAUUCAGCAGUUUCUGCCAACUCUGCUUCUAUGGACAUUUGCUUGUCUUCUACCAAAUGCUGUGUAUUACUCAGACCAGUAUAUAGGUCACUGGACAAGAACUGCUGAACAUCAUUCUGUGAUGAUAAAGUGUUUUAUUUUCUUGUUGCUUAUGGUUUUGAUUUUACCAUCUCUAGGACUAUUUAGUGUGAAUGCCUUGUUCCAGUGGCUUGUGAUGGACACUGAGAAUGACUUACGAUGGAAGUGUAUAUUCCUGCCUGGCAAUGGGGCUUUCUUUGUAAAUUAUGUGAUAACCUCAGCCUUUAUCGGCACAGCCCUGGAAUUGAUGAGGUUCUCUGAGCUUCUCAUAUACAGUGUCAGACUUUUCUUUGCUCGGUCAUCUGCAGAGGAAAGUGCAGUGAGGAAGACGACAGUGUGGGAGUUCCAGUUUGGAGUCCAGUACGCCUGGAUGCUGUGUGUGUUUGCUGUAGUAGUUGCCUAUAGUAUAUCAUGUCCCCUCAUUGUUCCAUUUGGACUGAUACACAUGAUACUGAAGCAUAUGGUGGAUCGCUACAACAUUUAUUUUGCUUAUCGUCCAUCUCGGAUCAGCAAGGGUAUCCACAACUCAGCUAUUACAUUUGUCGUGGCCUCAGUCAUCCUCCUACAGUGUAAUAUAGUCUUCUUCACAGCCGUCCGUUCAGAGGCAGUGAGUGCUGUAUUCUUCUUCUCCUUUGUGGCACUAUUCGCAUCACUACUGGCAUUCACUGGACGUGUCUGCUUUGGCUGGUUCAAGCACUUUAACCCACUCAAGUACAAGCAAUUCAACGAUGAUGGUAUGACAACACCUACUGGAGGGCCUACUGGACCAGCUCCGUUUGUAGCUACUGUUUUACUAAACCCUGACAGAAGGGUAGAUGGUGGAGAGGAUACUGAUCAUUCCACCCCUGCACCUGUCAACUCGUAUGGUUCCAUCAGCUCUCAUACCCCUUCUGCAGAUUCAGGCCAUGCCUAUCAGCCCUAGACUGCUUUCAGUGGACCAACAGACAACAUUCACUAGUCUGCGACACAAUGAAUCUACAUAGACAACACCCAACAGCACGACACACCAAACACAGUGGAUCUACACAGACAACACCCAACAGCACGAGACACCAAACACAGUGGAUCUUCACAGACAACCCCAACAGCACGAGACACCAAAAUAGUGGGACUACAUAGCCGGCACACAACAGCAUGAGACACCAAACACAGUGGAUCUUCACAGACAAUACUCGCCAGCCUGAGACAUCAAACAUGGUGGAUCUACACAGACAACACUCGCCAGCCUGAGACAUCAAACAUGGUGGAUCUACACAGACAACCCCAACAGCAUGAGACACCAAACACAGUGGAUCUACACAGACAACACCCAACAGCACGAGACACCAAACACAGUGGAUCUUCACAGACAACACCCAACAGCACGACACACCAAACACAGUGGAUCUACACAGACAACACCCAACAGCACGAGACACCAAACACAGUGGAUCUUCACAGACAAUACUCGCCAGCCUGAGACAUCAAACAUGGUGGAUCUACACAGACAACACUCGCCAGCCUGAGACAUCAAACAUGGUGGAUCUACACAGACAACCCCAACAGCAUGAGACACCAAACACAGUGGAUCUACACAGACAACACCCAACAGCAUGAGACACCAGACAUAGUGGAUCUACACAGACAACACUCACCAGCCUGAGACACCAGACAUAGUGGAUCUUCACAGACAACACUCGCCAGCCUGAGACACCAAACAUAGUGGAUCUUCACAGACAACACUCGCCAGCCUGAGACACCAAACAUAGUGGAUCCUCACAGACAACACUCGCCAGCCUGAGACACCAGACAUAGUGGAUCUUCACAGACAACACUCGCCAGCCUGAGACACCAAACAUAGUGGAUCUUCACAGACAACACUCGCCAGUCUGAGACAUCAAACAUGGUGGAUCUACACAGAUAACACUCGCCAGCCUGAGACAUCAAACAUGGUGGAUCUACACAGACAACACUCGCCAGCCUGAGACACCAGACAUAGUGGAUCUUCACAGACAACCUAUCACUGACCAAUCAGGAGGCAGCGAGGUUUUACAGUAUUGAAGGGUUGUGUAUCCUUACACAAGCAUUAGGUCUGACAAUGGAUAUGAUUUGGUUGUAAUUCAGUUCAAUAUAGUAUUAUGUAAGAUAUUAGUCUUUUUAAUUAUUAAUUCCCUUGUGUAGUCAUUAUAAUUGUGAACAAGGUCUGCAUGAUAAUUUAUGAUACUGUGGAGAAAGUAAGUCAUGAAGAGUUAUUGUACAGUUUAAAAGAUAUUGUUUUCAUCAAAAUUGUUUGUAAUUAAGAAUUUACUAACUAUUGUUAAGAACAUAUGAAGGAAGUGGAACAUUGCAUUUAGAAUAUUUGGAUCUGGAUUUGGAUCAGUAUAAAUGAAAGCAAAAAUGAUUAUGCCAUUAAUCAAUUUUAUUUUGAUGUGAUAAUGCCUAAGAUGCAUUUAUUUUUUCAUUAUUUCUUUUAUCACAUUCGUCUCUUUAUGGUAAUGAGUGUACCUGGUAAAAUUUUGUCACAAAUAUAGGGUUUACGGUUCUUUUAAAAUUCACAUAUGAGUGCAAACUGUUAAUAGACAAAAAUCAUUGUCUCAAGGAAUAGUUUGUGCUCUCAACAACUUCAAAUGCAUCAAAUAAUACCUUUUCAGAAGAUGUUUUAUCAUGAAAAUAGGAAAUUAAGAUUCAAUAGUUUACAUGGCAUAAUCAAAUAAAAGUGUAACACUGUUAUGUAGCUAAAUUUUGUCUUGGUGAUUUACAUUUCAUUUUAUAAUCUAUAUAACUUCCAUGCCAUUUCAAAUGUCGGAUUUUUUUUUUGUCAAUAUCAAUAUUGAUUUUUAAAAUCUAAGCUUAUAAGUUUUCAGAAAGUCACAAAAUAUAUAUCUGGGUUUUUGUCAUUGUACAAUUUAUUUGUAUAUAUAUAUCCCACCUCAGAUGUUGUCAAAAUCACAUCAUUGAUAUCAUUAUAAUAACACCAAUUCUUUCAGUUGUCCUACAUAUUUCAAGUGUGUACAGUCUCGGUUGAAAUGCUUUGCAUAAUUUCAGCUCUUUUGUCUGAAAGUCAUGACUAGCUAUACACACAUUUCACUUGACAAAAUCUGUAUUUCUCUCUGUUUAUCAUUUCUAAUUUCUGUAGUAAGAAAAUGUUUGAUAUGUAUGAAUAUUCUGUGUAUUAUUCUUAUAGUCUUGUUUUGGUAUGUAGACGUUCUAGGUGUCUCUACAUAUAUUACCUUGGUUCUAAUAAUCUUUUGUUAUGAUGCAUUUAUCUUUACAAGUAUUGUUUGGUGUCAACCUUGUCUUGCUGUCACAGAUGUUCGAACUGUUUUGAUCCUCUCACAUAAGCAUUUGAAACAAUACUACUGCUAUAAAACGGAAGCCUUGCUGAACUGGGAACACAGGACAGACUCUCUAUUCAAACAUCUGUGCUAAGGAUAAAAUCAAAUUUCACUUAUUUCUUUUGAUUAUUCUUGAUUCUGAUAUAUUAACCAAAGUGAUAGCAUAUUUUCUUUUAAACGUGGUACAAAGGUGUUUUCCAGAUAAAUAUCCAAAUAUUACUACUUGUCGUACAGUAAAAUUGUUUGUGAUAUCUGUAAUGCCAUAAACAUGGGGUUUUUUUAUCGUUAAAGUGUAACCCUCUUUAUGACAGUAGUGAUUGCAUUUAUUAUUUUUUGCCAUAUUCUAUUGUGCAAUAGUAAAGUUUGUUUUUAAUGUUAGAGGACAAAUAACCUAUGACAAGAGAAGAGAGAGCAAGGGAAGCAACUCAAGGUAAAUCUAAAACUCAAUUUUGUAGUUGUAAACCAUAGGUUAACAAUACUAAUAAAACAAAGUUUCUUGUUCAUGUGCUACAUGUUAAAAAAUGAAAUCUACUAGGUAAAUGAAAAGCAUUUGGUUAAGAGUCAAUAUACACUUUGUAUUGUACUGUUAUGGAGUCUGAAAUUUUUCAUAUAUUUCGUUUUUAAUUUAAUUUGUUUUGAUUGUUACUUUUGUCACGUUAUUUACAAAUCAUGUGUAAUAUGAGAGUGUUUUAUGAAAACAUACUAGUACUGAAUUCAUAUUCAGCUCCUUUUUCCUUCCUUUGCACUCUUUAUUGUAAUGUUGAUUAUUCUUGUCAUUGCAAAGAUGAAAUGUUUUCAAUCUUAAUACGUAAUGUAUUUAAAAUUUUGCUUUAAUAUGUACAUUGCAAAUAAACCAAUAGUAUCAUACAAAGAUACUUUGGUGUCAUAACAUUUAUAUUUUUUUCACAUAUUUUACUUUUAUAUGUUAAGUUUUCUAUAAUAGUUUAUUUUGUUUUGUUUGUAAUAUUUGUCUCUAGUUUGUGUAACUGUUACUAUACUGACAUCCUAACAGACUGCCACAGACAGGUCUCAAUGCUGUACAUUCCCAUAAAAGCUAUGAUAAAUGUAUUCAAAACAGUAAAACAUCAUUCUCACAACUUUAAAUGCUUCAUGCAACAUAUUCUGCAUCUUGUUUUUAAAUUGAAUGUAUUUCUGUGUGUUUGAGAAGAAUAUAAAAUAAAUCAUCUUUUCCAGUUUUGAUAGAUUUUUCCAUUUCACUAAUCACACUUUAUUACACAAAAUUACUAGUGUAGUGUAGGAGAAAGGUUACCUUACAAAACUAGCCAUGUCAGAAUUGUCUUCCUUACGAAUAAAUUUGUAUUUAAAAACAAAGCGAUCAUGUCAAGUUUCUCUAAGCGUACAAAUCUAUAUUCCAAUUCCACAAAAGAUGCAUUACAUACUAUGUUUAACAUCUAUACCUGUUUUGAAAAGAACUUACAGUAAUGUCACUGUGUAAGGUAACAUACCUCCUUAAGUCUCCAUGUCACAGUAAAGUAGCUUACUUACUAUUACUCCUAUAUUCGUAUGAACAUAUGAAAAUUUCAAUAUCGUGUCUCAUUUGUAGACCAGUAUUUAAUCAUUCAUUUCAGACUUUGUUACCGGUAGAUGUUUGGUAAUGUUUUGUUUAAUAAGUACUUUCAGAUGUUGAACAGGCUUCAGGUAGGAAUACAAGCAUUGCUACUGACAUGGAAAAUAUAUAUUUUCAACAAGGACAUAGAAACUAUGAUUGAAAUAAAAGUCAGUUAUACAUUUAAA